CUUGCACUGAGAGAAGUCAGAGAGCACAUCUGGGUAUCUGCAAGCAAAUCGUGUUUUAGCCAUUUGAAAUGGUGGCGCCAUCUGAGUGUUCUGUGAAGACCAAUAUCUUCAAUGGGAAAAAGGUGUCCAAACCCUUGAUGGAAAAGAAGAGAAGAGCCCGUAUAAACAGAUGUCUGGAUCAACUGAAAACCCUGCUUGAAAACUACUAUACCAAUAAUAUCCGCAAGCGCAAGCUUGAAAAAGCAGACAUUCUCGAACUGACAGUGAAACAUCUGAGGAACCUUCAAAAAACCCAGCAUGGUCCAACUGUCAACGCCAAAUAUGCUGAGUACCAGGCAGGGUAUCGAAGUUGCUUGACCGGAGUGAACCAGUACUUGCUGAUGGCAGACAACUCAAGUGCAAGCACCUGUUUAAACCUUCUGUCGCAAACAAGCAAUAUUGUCUCAGCCGAGGGAGUGACAAAAGGUUCCAGGACCACGGACAGCGACGCCGCAGUAGUAGCACCGGGAAAUGCAGCAUUGCCCCCGCGCUCAACCACCGCAGGAGACGAGUCGAGCCAGGCGGCUUCCACGCUUUGCGAUCCACAAUGUGCCAAACCGCCCCCAAGCUCGUACAUAAAUAUGUGCAGUGUUCCAACAUCAACAGUGAGAGCGAAGGGAGACAGAGAACAAAUCAAGGGACGGCGCUACUCACAUAACUUCGACAACAGAGGAAACAGACUUUUCAAAGAUGUAUAUCCCAGAAAUAGGUGCCACACUGAAGGCCAAAAUUAUAAUGCAUUGGUGGGAGUUAUAUCGCCGAGCUACUGGCGACCUUGGUAAAAACGAGUUUUUAAAAUCGAUUUUUGCCUAAUUGAAUUUUCCCUAUGUACUGAAUUGCACUGAUUAGAUGUCAUAAUGUUUUAUAUUUCCUAGAUUUUUAUGCUGUAUAAAAUAGGCUAUAUUUUUGUAAUAAAGUCAAACUUUUAUAAAAACUCA